UUGAGUUUAACCACAUUAACGGUGCCGCUGAUCAGUCUGGUUAGUUUUAGACUGGACGUACUGGAGCAAGGAUCUUCAUGAAUAAAUGCAAAAAAUUCUACGGAAAAGUGUCAAAAAUAGUUGUAGCGUCAAUGACUAUUCGUAUGUGUGUGGAAACGAAGUUAGUGAAUAGUUCAAUAGGCCCUACCAUCGGGCGGACUGUUGGCCAGGCAGUCGUGCUAUCGCUAUGCUUUCCGUGACCGUGGGAUUCCUCGGUGUGUUCGCCGGUGUGCUGUGUCCUUUGCUCGGCGUGUCACCCGUCAGCAGUUCGCUUGUUGUGGAUGGCGGCUUCGCGGACAAACAGAGUCAAGGGUCUAUCAACGUAAACUUUGAGCAAUAUUCAGUUGCUCAGAACACCACUUUUACUCAUCUGGGAUUGCAAAAGUGCAUAGAUUACCACUCACUGAAUGCGUCAGAGCAGUGUUCUUUCAUCAGAGCUACCAAUGACUGCAGGAUUGAUGAUGGAUUCAUCAACUACUUGGAGGUGGCAUACUGUGUCUUCCCAGUGCAGCUGAUACCUCUCACUCUCAUCCUUUUGUUUAUCUGGCUGAUUUUCCUGUUUGUUGCCCUGGGAGUCACUGCGGAAGAUUUUUUCUGCCCAUCCCUGACAGCCAUCUCCAAGUCACUUAAGCUCAACCAGAGUGUAGCAGGUGUAACAUUUCUUGCAUUUGGCAAUGGAGCACCAGACAUUUUCAGUGCCAUAGCGGCCAUCACCAAUGCCAAGGAUGGUAAUGCUGGCUUGGCCAUCGGAGCUUUGUUCGGAGCCGGUGUUUUUGUGACCACUGUGGUUGCCGGGUCUGUUUCCAUUGCUCAGCCUUUUGAGCUGGCCAAGAGACCUUUUUUGCGGGAUACCAUUUUCUACGUUGGCGCCGCUUUCUGGACGUUUUAUAUUCUGUACACCGGGAAAAUAUGGACGGCAGAGGCCGUGGGAUUUAUACUUCUUUAUGUCGGCUACGUUUUCUUUGUUCUGAUUGGCCGGAGGUUGUACCAGUCAAAGAUCAAGCCAGUGCGAAUGAGACCCACUGUGACGAGUGGAACGACUGAAGAUUUCUCAGACAGUGAAAGUUUUGUCCCUGGUGCAGUUGAUACAGACAGACGCAGUUACGGACCAAUGCUGCGAUACGUCAGUGAAACCUACAGCCCAGGUGGAAAUGUACCUGUUCCACACGCCAUUGCUGAGGCUCUGCGAGACACGGAACAGGUAGUGGCUGCAUCAUUGCUUGCUGGGCACGGAACAUCAGUGAACGGACUACCACACAGUAAAGAUGGUCCACCGACCAGCGGUCAAAACGGCCUGCCUGACCUGAACAGACCAUUCAUCCCUAAUACAGAUGACCCAAGCACGCCAUUGUUGGGCGCCCGCACUGACGAAAACACGGCGGACGAGAAACCGGAAUUGACACGCAUGGCCCGUGUCUGGGAGGAUGCCAAAGAAUUCCUGCAUGGUAUCAACCCCAUCGACACCAACAACUGGAAGGCCAAGUCCAUCUUUGGCAAAUUCUACGAGAUCUUCAAGUCUCCCAUCCAGCUGGUAUUGCAGUGUACUGUACCUCUAGUGGAUCACACUGAAGACAAACACUGCUGGAACAGACUCUUAAAUUGCUUCCAGCUACUGAUUGGGCCAGUCUUUUGUGUGGUGGUCACUAAAAAUUUUUCUACAGUGGUGACUGGCGACUUUGUCUUAUGGCAACUCAUGCUAUGUGUGGGCUUCUUAUUAGCAUUUGCUGUCUUCUUAACAUCCAGGUCCGAUAAGCCGCCUGUUUACCAUUUUUUAUUUGCAUAUUUUGGGUUUGGCAUAUCUGUGCUGUGGAUCUAUUCAGUUGCAAAUGAAAUUGUUAAUCUAUUACAGAUGUACGGUUUAGUUUUUCAGCUAAGUGAUGCAAUUCUGGGACUGACGCUAUUGGCCUGGGGAAACAGUAUAGGAGAUUUAGUGUCGGAUAUUGCAGUAGCCAGACAGGGCUAUCCCAGGAUGGCUGUCGCUGCAUGCUUUGGUGGACCUCUCUUCAACAUGCUUCUCGGCAUUGGCAUCUCAUGUACGGUGGCCUGCGUUGCUCAUGGAGGAACAUUCCAUUUGAGGUCAAGCCAGCUACAGUUUGUCCUGGCGGCUGGGCUCGGGGUUAGUCUCUUCUUUUCCCUCUUCUACCACGUCGUCACGAACUUCCGAGCCACCAGGACCUACGGCAUCUGCCUCUUUCUUCUCUACGUUGGCUUCCUUGUCGUUGCGGUCCUCACUGAGACAGAGGUCAUCAAAUGGUGAUGGAGUAAGCAGAAGGGCGGAGGAGGGGGGGGACAAAAGGAAAGGGGGAAGGCACAUGAAUACAUGGUUACCCCUCGUGUCCUGUGGUCCCCAAAUCUCGUAUCACAAUGCAUACCACUGUGCUCCCCGUAUGGAGAACAGCGCAGCUCUCCCCUCACGCAGUGUCAGUGAUGAAUGUUUAUGAGUGCAAUAAGAAUACUUUCAUGAGGUGAGAGAUGAAAUGUUUGAUUCCACGUCAUGAAGCCAACUGGAAUCAAACACUUCGUCUGUCACCGAAUAAAAUUAUUCUUCCUUUGGACGAAUGUAAAACAUUCAUAAUUGGUUUUGUACAAUACCUGCAUAAAUCUUCUUCUGUAACAGAACAAAUAACCCCGCUCAUGUAGGCUUAUUAAUGGCUGUCAUUUUGCUAGACAGAUUCGUGUCCGAAGUGCCAUCCACUGGUGGUAUUGUGCAAUGUUGGACUGGUUUCUGUCCCUACAUUCUUUUCCUUUUCUUACUGGGAAUGAGAAUAUAUUAAAUGGGGGGCAGGAACCAGUCAAGUGAAAUGAAGUUCUGUUCAACAGGUACCGUUUAAUAGAACAAAUAAUUAAAUGACAUGUGAUCAAGGAUCCACCAACCAGAUGACAGGGAUUUAUGCAAGUAUUGUAUAAUAGAGUAUUCCGCCCUCAGUGGGUUGAACACAGAGUUGAUAGCAUCAAAGAUAAAUUGACCAUUCCAUUUUAAUCAACAGACUAAACCUCCAACAACUGUCACUAUAGACUAGUUGUUACUUAACCAAAAUUGUACAUUCCAAAGAAUUUCAAAUUAAAAAUUUUUAGAGUCUUUAUUAAAGUUCAGUCUAUAUUUUAUUAACAGAGAACUUAACUUGCUUUCAUUGAAAAUCCAUUUUUAAAAGGAAACAUUUUUAGUCAAGAAAAGUGCUGGGGUCAACUGUUUCUUUUUUGUCUAUGUUACAGUUAGAGUAGUCUCCUCCAAGAUGUGUUCAAAGUUGAACAAAGUUCCUCAUACGAACAGGACACACUGAAGGUCUGCUCCUAUUGCUUGUUGAGAAUACUCCCUAGGCUGUUCAACUUAAUACAAAUAUCAAGUAGGAUAUCUGUAUUAAACUGAAUACCAAAUUAUGCUCUAGGUAGCGUAAGGAACCAGUGGGCCUCAUGUGACGUCUCGUGCGUUACUGCCACCAAAUAAAGUAGAAAAAAAUAAGCAUGGACUCAGAUUCCUAAAAUCACAAUGAAUAGUCUGGAAGCAGUAGAUGUUGAGAAAGUGCGGAACACUUUGCAGCAUGUCAACCAGAUUUGUCUUCCAUUUCCUGACAUGGAACUGUACAGCAUUUCUAACUUCUGUGAAUGGUUUGAAAAGAACUUUUAUAAUAUUCUGCAUUAUUCUUGUCUGAGAUUUGAGCAUGUGCUCCUCAACUUAUAAGUGCAAAAUUUUUGAGAUGUGUAUUUGUUUUCCUCUUCAGCAUUCUUAAAUCUGUGCAUUAAUAACAAUAUUUUAAUCGCAUAAAUGCAAAUUAGAACCAAUCAUGUCUAGGCAUGAUAUAAUCGGUGUGGUCCCUUUUUAAUAAGAAAUGAGGCAAUAGCUGUGUUCAUCUUUCAUGCGUAGGUUUAUUUUUUUUAAUGAACACGAGAAACUUUAUUGAUUUAAGAAAGGUGCUUUAGGUAGGUCACCUUGUUUUUAAUUGGGUUGUAUCAUUCUCCUACUUGAACAUUCAUAUAAUAAGUAUGUGAGAUGAAUAUGCAAAUGUAGGCAUUUGCAUCUCAUUAACAUUUUGUAAAGCAACUGUGUGCCUUGAGGACUGCUAAAUCCACCAGAACACUUAUGGACACUCAGAUUAUUCUCAAGAUUUAAGUUGCAAGUGCAACUUUCAAACUGUGUGCCAUUUAUAAUGGAAAGCCGACCUCAGCUGCAGCAAAGAUAUAAGCUGUUCUACACGUGGAGCCAUUUCAGCCAAUGUCAUUGUCAUGCAAAGCAGAAAUGAAUUUGCAUAACGUGCCGAAACAGAUGCAGUUCAGAUCACUCUGCCCUUUGAUACAUCAAUCAAUAAGCCAUUUGUGAGUUAAAUUUGAAUAAAAUCUGGCAGGCCUACACUGAGUUCUUUAAAUUCACCUGAACGUAACAAUUCUCCAGACUAAAAACACUGUUGCUAUACCUCGUGAUUCAGGGCAAGAUUUGCUUAGUCUUGGAACAAUACACUGAUCUCACUGGAUGAGCAGGGCACAAGGGAACCAGUCCAUUCCAGAGAUGGUGGUUGCUAUGCAAAAGCUUGCCCCAAAUCAUGAGG